GAUUCCCCAGGCAAUGAGGCUUACAAUCAAACAACACAGGAGCCAGAAGAUUUAACAAAAAGAACAAUGAAAGUCGCUCUUGAUGUUUGCUGGCUUGUAUAACAAUGAUUAGCAAAAGUGUAUCCUUCACAACUUCUCCUUUUCUUCUGCUGUUCAAUAAAGAAGUGGUCUAUUGUUGGAUGUCUUUCCCACGAGCGUUAAUUCUAAACACCAGUGCAAUUAAUACUAUCCAUGGUUCUCCAAAGUGAAAGACAUUUAAUUGAAAUCUUGAUGUCAUUUAUUACUGCUUAACACAAAACAAACUGUGUCUGUAUUUAAAACUUAACAAAUAUAAAAAUAAUGAGCAACGUAGAGCGUUGGUGGAGGUGGUAACAAUGAUCAUCGUACGUUCUCUUCAAUUUUAUGUCUAGAAAGUGCGAAUCACGACAACCUCAGCCUGGAGGAAAAGUCCACUUAGCGUUUACGUUUACUUCACAUCACUUCCGCGAUUUCCAGAGUUUCACACACUCUGUCUUUGAUUUACAAAGACGCGCAAAUGUCUUUGGAACUGUCGAAAGAUCAUAUUUAAAACAGCUGAAAACGAGCAGAAGAGACUCCACAGGGAGUUUCAUGUGCUGUAAAUAAAUUACAUUUCAUUGAUUGUCAUCAUUGCCAUCGCAGUUUAACCUGAAAAGGUUAAAGUAUCAGAAAACUGUGCAACUAUCCAAACAUGAAGGUCCUGAACAGAGACGAGCUGCAGGUCGCUGAAGGAGUUCUGCUCAAACACUUACCGAAGAGUUAUAAGGUGUACGGUUUCCUGUACGGAAUCAACAGGAACAAACCGACUACACUGGAAGUUGUGGUCGAUACGUGGCCUGAUUUUAAAGUUAUCAUCUGCAGACCGAACCCCGAGAACAAGCGUGCCCCGAAUUUCAAGAAAAAAAUGACAUACUACAGCACGGAUGAACAGAGUUUGAGGAAAAUGCUGACAGACGAGAAUGCAGUUGAUUGGAUCACUUAUUUCAUGAUAGGAGGGCUUGAUGUUUCCCAUGCACCAAUGCUUAAACAAGUGUCUUCUGACAGAAGAGUGAACCACAAAGUCUAUACUUUGGUGCAUCUUCUGUAUUUGCCAGACACCAACCAUCUCCACAUGCCAGUGGUUGACAGUGAGCUUGAGUCGAGGAUUUCGUCUCUAAACCUUUCCCACGUUGACUUGGUGAAUAAAACCUGGAAGUUCGGAGGAGACGAGAAGGGUUACAGGACCAUUGAAAACCUAAUCAGUAACUUCCCAUCAUGCUGCAUCACAGACAGCCAGGGUCAGCCCGUGUCCUGGAUACUUGUGUAUGAUUACUGUGCUCUGGGAAUGUUGUAUACGCUGCCAGAGCACAGAGGGAAAGGAUACGCCAAAAUCGUGAUCAGCACUUUGGCCAAGAAACUCCAUGCUGAGGGUUACCCGGUGUUCUGCUACAUAGAAGAGGACAAUGUGCUGUCCUACAAGCUCUUUAAAAACCUGGGCUUCAUUGAGGAUCCUUCUUACAGGGCUGCAUGGUUGGAGUUCAAUUUUUCAGAUUAGAUUCAUGAAACAUCUGUACUCAUUUUUAUCAGGUUCAUAAAUGUGUAAAAAUAUAAUAAAAUGAA